AUGACUUCAAUAGAUGGCGCCGGACACCUCCUGUCCCUCAAAGUGAUGCGCGUAUCGCGACCUGCGCUCGCGACGGCCUGGGAGCCCUUCUACUCCUCCUCGCCCUCCUUCUCCUCCCACUCCACCGCCUCCGUCCUCUCCCUCCAAGGCAAAACACCCUUACCAGGCCAUCCAAAAACCCUACGCGACCUAACAAACGCAUCCGAGCUCCUCACGCUCCCCGCCGCGUUCGGCGCCAUCCAGCUCGGCGAGACCUUCUCCGGCGCUUUGGCGGUGAACAACGAGACCGCGAGCGCCGUGGACGGCGUGUUACUGAGGGUGGAGAUGCAGACGGCGAACAAUAAAGUCGUGUUGGCGGAGAUUGGCGGGAAGAGCGAGGUGUUGAGCGCCGGGGAUACGCUGGAGACUGUUGUGCAGCAUGAGAUCAAGGAGCUGGGGCAGCAUGUGCUGGCGUGUACUGUUACGUAUAAGCUGCCGCCCGGGUCGAGGGUGCCGGCGAGUGGCGAGGGGGGCGAUCCGAGUGUGCAGUCGUUUAGGAAGUUCUACAAGUUCGCCGUAACGAACCCGCUGUCGGUCAAGACGAAGGUCCACGUCCCGCGCGCCCCCUCCGCCACCCUCUCCCGCGCACAGCGCGACAAAGUGUUCCUGGAGAUCCACAUCCAAAACACGACGCCCGAGCCCAUGUCCUUCGAGCGCAUCCUCCUCGACCCCGCCCCCGGCUGGUCCCUCGACUCCUCCCCCUCCUCCUCCUUCGCCCCCACCCAAGACAAGCUCUUCUCCGGCGCCAACGCGCUGAUGCAGCCGCAGGACGCGCGGCAGUACGUCUAUGUCCUCAGUCCGCUCGAGGAGAGCACGUUCUUCGUGCCGCCCGAGCCCGGCGCUGUUAUCCAGCUCGGCAGGCUGGAUAUCUCGUGGAGGUCGGCGUUUGGCGAGCCGGGGCGGUUGCUGACUUCCAUGCUCUCGCGGCGUAUACCCCUCAUAUCGCCCACCCCACCCGCACCCGCACCCCAACCGCACGCACCAACCGCCUCCCGCCCCCAACCCGGCUCCGCCCUCCCCCUGCACCUCCAACGCUCAGCAUCCAUCGCAUCCGCGCCACCCGCCCGACCCGGAAGCCCCGGCCCGUCCAUCCCGGUCCCAUAUACACCUGCAUCGCCGCGCUCGCGCACGAUGUCGAUAUCGCCCCGGCCUGGCACGCCCGGGACGGCGUCGAGUACGACUGCUGUGAGUGUGGGUGGGCCUACGCCGGUUCCUGUUGCGCCGGUCGAGCCGCUUGAGCUCGAGCUGGUGUCGCUCGAUGCGCCGCGCGAGGCGUCGACCGAUACGCCGCUUAACCUGCGCUUCGCGCUCGGCGCGCUGUCCCCCGCAUCCCUCGGUCGUCGCACAAUAACGCUCGCAGUCCAACACGUCCUCCCCACACCGUCCGCCCCGCCUCCACGUCCUCUCUCGACCACAGUACCAGCGAGAUCGCCGAACUCGAGCUCGAUCUCGCUCGCCAAGAGCCCAAGACCGACGCACGGGCAGCUGGGAUCGGGAUCGGCGGGGUCGGUGCAGCUUACGAGGGCGAUGUCGUUGCCCGUGGGCAAUGGCGCGGGUGUGGCUGAGGAUCGGGGUCCAGUGUCGGCUGAUUUUGCGAGGGCGGGGUUCGCGUCCGAAGGUGGAUCUGCGCUUUCGUUGCUCCCUCCUCCCAAAUCCACCUCUUCGACUUCCACUUCAACGACCACACCUGGUCCUGGAUCCGCAUACGCACCCGGACCCAGCCCGUCCUCCGCCCAGCCGCUCGGCCCGUCCGUCCAAAUUCUACCCCCUCUAACGCUCGAAGAAGGCAAGCCCGGCUGGGCCGAGUUCGAGAUGAGCUGGAUGCCUGUGCGACGCGGGCUCGUGCAGGUCGGCGGGGUGCGGGUUUUGGUGGUUGAGGAUGUGACUGACGGGAAAGAAGGGAGGGAGGGGAAGGAGGGCGGGGGAGGGCCGCGGGUUGUGCGGGAGUGGGAUGUUGUUGGGGAGGUGUGGGUUUCGUGA